AAAGGAAAGGAAAGGAAAAUUCAAAACCAAGAUCAAGAAUUCAAAGACUCCCCUCUCUCUCUCCAUCUCCACUAAAAGAAUCCAUCUCUCUGCAACCCUCAUUCUUCUCUUCUAAGCUUAAUCACCCCAAAUAUUCCAUCCAUCUCUCUCUCUCUCUCUCUCUCUCUCUCUCUCUCUCGCACACACACACACACAAACCAUGCCUGUCUUGGGAGAGAGCUCUGAGCACACCAAACCCAGAAGACCAAGAACCCAACUCAGCAAUCCCAUUCAAGAAACCACAGAUCGGAGCCCAUCACUCUUCGUCCCUCCAAACCGCCCCAAACCCACCAUAUCUUCAUUCCUCCACUCGGUAUCCCCCAAUGAGAACAUGCCCCCGACCAUGAACCCCGCCAAGAAGAAGCAUUUCGCAUCGUCAAGAUUCAGGGGACUCGGGUGCACGGCCUCUGCAUCGCAGCAGGUCUCCGUGCCCGCAGUGAUUAGGGCAUCCGCAGAUUGGGAGAAGAGGAAGGUGAAGAAGAAGAAACAGAAGAGGGGCGGCGGCGGUAGCGGCGGCGGUGGCGGCGGAAGCAGCGGCGGCGGCAAUCAAACAGUUGUGGUUGACGGCGGUGGGUCAGGCUUUGGGGGUUGCAAUUCUGGGUCCUCUUGUGUGGUGGCUGAGGAUGCUUGGUGUGGUCCUGGAAUUGGCUUCUCAGCUGCUGAUGCGGAUUGUGUCGUGGUCGGUAGGAGGAACUUGUCUGCAAGGGGGACGAUUGACGGCGAUAAGUUUGGUCCAAGAGAGCGACACUGUGUCUCAAGGCGGACUGUGAAUCCGGAAGAGUUCGUUCUGGAGUCCGACCCCGCCUUCGGAACCACUCACCCAGGGCCGGAAACAUACGUGCCUGGACCUCGCCGCUACCGCCAUAUUCGACAUCCUUCACCUGAAGGCCUUGCUGAGAUUAUGAUGAUUCACACAAGUCUUCUAAUGGGAGGAAGGUUAGACGUGCUUGAUCGUUACCGAGGCUGGAGACUCGACAUCGAUAAUAUGACUUAUGAGCAAUUGCUUGAGCUUGGCGAUAGGAUUGGCUAUGUGAGUACUGGCCUCAAAGGAGAUCAGAUAACUCACUGCAUCAGAAAGAUUAAGCUCACAAAUCUGAAUGAUUUGGCACGUCAUUUUGCUGCAAAAGCAGAUAGGAAGUGCAGCAUCUGCCAAGAAGAGUUUGAAGAAGGUGAUGAGCUCGGGAAGUUGAAUUGUGGGCAUGGGUAUCAUAUGGAAUGCAUAAAGCAGUGGCUUGGGCAAAAAAACACAUGCCCGGUUUGCAAGUCUGAAGCGGUGGCUCGGUCCUAGAAUCCUCUUGCAUCUUAAGCCUUGGCAACUGCUUCCUCAGCCCCCAAGUGUAUAGGUUUUGUUUCCUAUAUUAGGAGAAUCCAUUCUUUUCGAUCGAGAUGCAGUUCACUUCACCCAUGCUCAUUGUUUGAAGUUUGAUUUUUUGUUGUCUUUUGGCAAUUUUUUUUUUGUUUUCAAUUCUAAAAAUAUGAUUCAGAAUUGGCUGAGUUGUUUCAAUCUGAUGAUAAUUUAAUCCA